AUGGUCGUUCAGUUAAAAUUUGAAAAUUCGUUUUGGACAGCAGGAAAUUAUCAAAAAGGGAUUAAUAUUCUGUAUGAUAAAUUAGAUCAAGGUAAUGUAGAAAACGAUGAAAUCAUAGAAUUUCUUAAGGAAAGGAUAGCGGUAGAAGAAUUAUACGGCAAGAAAUUGUGUGAUCUUUCUCAAAUAAGUAAUCGACCGAAUGGCUUUCAACGUGAUGAUGGGGCUUCUUUACGACGUUCAUUUGAAAUUGUAAAACAAGAAUGUGACCAAUUAGGACAGGCUCAUUUACAAAUGGCUAAUAACUUGUCAGAUUUAGUGCUUAAACCUUUUCUCAAACAAAGUGAAGAUUAUAAUAAAAGUCUCAGAGCAAGUAGAGAAGAAAUAACGGGUUAUUUAAAAUUAUUUGAUAAAAUGAUUAAUGAAGUGGAGAAAUCUCGAACGAAUUAUAUAACAAAAUGUCAAUUGGCUGAAGAAGCUGAUAAAAUUUCGGCUUAUGAAGAAGAAACUCGUUCAAUAUCAGAAAAAGAUAUACAGCAAGACCAAUCAUUAACGGUCACACUUGGGAAAUAUUUGUUUUCGGAGGAAGAAAUAAUGCAAUUUCUUGCAAAAAUGCGUGAAGAAAUUCCUUAUAAAGAAAUUAAAAUACCUUUCCUUGGUACUUAUAAUGAAGCUUAUUCUGGUGAAGAUAUUACAGAUUGGCUAACAAGAAAUCAUCCUAAUACAUUGUCAUGGGAGGAUGCUGAAAGUAUUGGUCAGGAAUUGGCUGAUCAAGGUUUCCUAAAGCACAUUGGUGCUAUUGGAAAUUAUUUUGUUAGCACUCCUGUUGCUUAUUUUCAAUUCAAGAAUAAAGCAUUUAAUCUCAGAGAUACCGAAGAAGUUAACUCUGGAAUAGGUUGGAAUGGGUUGAUAUAUGCAAUUUCAACUAAUCAACCUUCAGAAAAAAAACGUUUUCGAAAAGAAGCCGAUGAAGCUGAUGAAGCCUAUCGACAUGCAGAAAAAAAUGACGAGAACAAUGAAAAAAAAAGUGUGGGAAUGGUGUAUCUUAAUGACAGGCAUCCAUAUCGUCUAGUCAAGGAUUUGAUAAUUCAUCAUGACAAAAUUUUUAACCAACAGGAUACAAUUACCACUUCAAGCAUUGUUGCUGAUGUUAUGCGACGUUCGGAAAUUACUGACGUGACAAGAUCCAGAGGUGAUUCUGUGAACUACGGUGCAGAACAUUCUGCAUUAUUACGUGAUAAAUUAUCUAGGCUUAGUUCAUCAGAAAGUAUUGAAUUUUCAAGACCAUUUACACCACAAAGCCCAAUUUCUCGACCAAUCGGGCCUCGUCCAAAUCCAUCAAAAGAAGAUAAUCACAGUGGAACAAGUUCACCAAGAGAUAGCUACUCUGUGUCUAACAGCCUGAGCCGUCGACGAGGAAUAAGAAGGUAUAGCCGUAUGUCAUCACCUUCAGGUAAAUCACGAAAUCAAAGCAGUAGUAGUUCUGAAAGAGAAUCAUUCAGACACCAACAAAUUGAUGAUGAUGAGAAUGGAUCAGACUCAAGCUCUAAUCUAUCUUCACCUGAAUCACCAUCACUCCGGUUUAAUACAACACGAUCGCAUUCUCGUCCUAGUUCGGAUAUAUUUGUUUUACAAAAACAGGGGUUACUUGUAGAUGAAGAAUUGGAAUUUGUUCCUAUUUCACCAACACAUCAUCCCAAAGCUCAUUAUUAUAAUGAUGAUUAG